AUGCAGACGAACCAACCUUUCGAAAAUUUACUACUCAAUCUCCAAGAUUAUUAUGAUUCUCCAACGCUAUCCGAUGGUACCAUAACAUUCGAGGUUUUCUUGAAUGCUUUCCAAGGGAAGUGGAAGGAGUCAGUGGAGGGGAUCAUCCCUCUAAACGACGACGAUGUCUCCACUGUUGAAGCAAUGCUUCGGUUCUUGUACUCAUUUGACUAUGAUGCUGGCGGGAGCGCGGCUGGUGUUGCUUCGCCGAUGGUGUUCAACGUUAAAAAAUUCAAGGAAUCGGUUAAAACCUGCUGGAACAUGGACGACUUUCCGCAGGCUGUUGCGGAGGUAUAUGGCUCCACGCCGCCAAUCGACCAAGGGCUUCGAGGCAUGAUAGUCGAUGUUGCAUGCGAACGCAUUACAGAGCUCUUACAGAAGCAGGGGUUUUGCGACGUUUUGGAAGAAACUGUUGGAUUCGCGUCAGAUUUAGUUCAGCUUCAGGCGAGCAAAAAGAGACCGAAUGAAAAGCAGAACCGAACUAACGCCUUAAAUAGCAAAAUUACAGCGAUCUAA